CUCGAAGAUGAGGACCUCCCAGACGUAGCGACCUUACUCAAGUCAUUCGCAGCUGAAGCCUCGUCUGUGAACCCCGUACCAUCCACUUCGAGAAUCAUCAGUACGAAGACAUUCGGCGGUACACCAGUGUACUUCACGCGUAAACCGCCCAAACGGGACCCUAAAGGCACCCUGGCGCGUGCGGGCAUACUACCGGAGAAGAACAGGCCAUUCGGCAAUCUACUUGACGUCCCAAUUCAUAGGAUGCUUGACGACUUGUCUGCAUCAGUCGCGACAAAGCUGAUCGUUGAGGACAUGCAGCAAGCGUCUAAACCUGCUCAGCCCGCCACUGCAAGUAGCUCGGCAUUAUGGGUCGACCGCUAUAAACCAAACCGCUUUACGGAGCUACUUGGUGACGACCGUGUGCAUCGCGAAGUACUGUCCUGGGUGAAGGAGUGGGAUAGCUGUGUCUUCGGGACAGGCAAGGCCCGCGGUAAGAAGCGCGCGAGAGGAGACGAGGACGGGGAGAACUUGGACGAAUGGCGCAGACCAAAGGAGAAGUUGUUACUGCUUUCUGGCCCACCGGGACUUGGGAAGACCACCCUGGCGCAUAUAGUCGCAGCACAUGCGGGCUACGAAGCCUUCGAGGUCAACGCCAGUGACGCGCGGUCUGCGGAAGUAGUUGACCUGCGUAUCCGUCCUGCUUUGGAGAGCGGCUCCAAAGUGGGAAGCUCGAAGCCGGUUCUCGUAGUCAUCGACGAGAUUGACGGAGCCACCGGAGGGUCUGAAAACGCCGGAGGGUUCAUUCAUAAACUGAUCCAACUCACCUACGACCGACCCAAGAAGAAAGGCAAGCAAGGCGAGAAAGCCCAGAGCCGCCCGCUCCGCCGGCCGAUCAUCUGCAUAUGCAACGACCUGUAUGCAGCGUCCCUCGCGAAACUGCGUCAACACGCGCGCAUUGUCCGAUUUUCCCGGCCCAAUGACUUGCACAUCAUCCGCCGGCUACGCGAGAUCUGUGAGGGCGAAAACAUGAAGGCGGAUGCUCGCGCGUUGGCGACGUUGGUAGGAGUCGCACAGGGCGACUUCCGAGGUUGCUUGAACACAUUACAGAUGCUGAAGUCCCGUAACACGGAAGUGACAGAGACGAUGGUACGGAGUGCCACCGAAGGCAUGAAGGAGGCGGAGGCAUCGCAAAUGGUCGUGCUGAAUGAUCUCUUCUCGCCUCUCUCCCGAAAACGAGCAAAGGAGCUGGGCAUACGGGAGGACGAGCCCCGCUUCGUCUCUCGGCUCAGUCGGGAAAUCGACGGGUGCGGGUCCAUAGACAAGGUCGCGAUCGGGUGUUUCGAGCAUUACGCUCUCUUGCACAGGCACGACGGGACAUUCUCGCGAUACGUGAAGGGCAUGGAGUGGAUAUGCCAUUACGACCAGAUGUCGGGCACAAUGCGCACCGAUCGCGAGUACUCCAUCAUGCCGUACCUGUCAUAUUCCCUUGUCGCAUUCUACCCCCUCUUUCAGGAGCGCGGCGCACAGAAGGCCGAACGCCCGAAGGCGGAUUGGGAGCAUUAUACCCAGACGAAAACUAAUCAGGAAAUAUAUGGGGCAUUAGCGCAUUGUCUGCGUACGGCCGCGUCGAGGUGUGGGGGCGGCUACCGACAUUUCUCGAACGAGCCGCUUCUGCAACUUGAGCUAGCCCCAUAUCUCAACAGGAUCAUAUCUCCGCCUCUACGUCCGGUGAACAGCCAAGUCAUCCGACCAGCCGAGAAGGCGCUGCUCGCACGACUCGUGGACAUCAUGGCGACGCUCGAGCUGCGGUUCGUCCAGGAGAAGAACGAGGACGGCCAACUCGUCUAUCGCCUCGAUCCGCCCGUCGACGUGUUCGUCACGUACGACGGCAAGCGCGCUGCGGACCUCGCGGUCUCGCGCUAUGCGGUGCGGCAUCUCGUCGCGGCUGAGAUUGACGCCCAGGUCAUUGCACGUCAUGCGGAGGGCCUGGAGAGCACGAAGGGCAAGACAGACCCGUUCUUCGCAGGGAAAAAGAAGGCCGCUGCAGACGAGGGACAGCCGGCGGCAAAGCGGGCACGCCAAGACGACAAGCUUGUGGAGAAGGCCGCCGUGGACUUCUUUGGGCGGACUAUCAUACCCAAGGAGACGCAUCAGUCGCUCGCUAAAGCCGCACGCAAGGCGAAAGUUUACCGCGUGUCUUACAAGUUCAACGAGGGGAACUCGGCGGCCGUCCGCAAGCCGGUCAAGGUUUCUGCCUUUCUAUAGGCUUAAGCGUAUAUUCAUAACUUGUUGUAUUUGCUAUUCAAGCCUUGGUGCAUUCUAGUUGAGUGUUUAAACGCUAUGUAUAUAUCUAUAGUACGGGGAUUGCAUGUUUCAUGGACUACAAGACAGCAUGUACAAAUGUUAGAGAGCGGUGAUGCAUGGAUGUCAGAGCGAUAAUGAUAGUGUCUGUUGGGUGCAAUACUGAGGAGUCCGAAACCAUACCAUCCGUCUACGCCAACUCCAUCUCCUUUUGUGCGUCUGCGAAGAACUCCCGAAGCGUCUGUCCGAGGAUGGCGAGGCCCUGCUCCAUCGCCUCCUCCGUGCCCGCAAACGUCGCGCGGAGGUAGUUCAGCCGGUCUUCUACCGGAUCCUCAACAUCGGCAUCCUUCGCGUCCACCGGCAGCGCGAAGAUAGACGCAGGCAUGAUAACGAGCCCGGCGUCGAGGCAGCGCUCGAAGAGCUCCUCCAUCAGCGCCGCACAGUUCGUGCGCGGGCCCGCGCGGUCGCCCCCGGGCACACGGCGGAGGUCCGCGCGGAGGCGCGGGUGCCGCUCGAGCGCGACGCGGAUCCAGACGAACAUGCCCGCUUCCGGGACGGCCGCGCGCGCGAGGCCGCUAGGCGCGACCUCGCGGUCGAACAGCGUGAGGAAGAGCGCGCGCCGGCGGUGGUACUCCGCCCGCAGGCUGCGCACCCAGCGGUCGAACCCUUCGAUUUGCCAGCCGUUGGGGCCGGAGAGCAGCUCGGUGAUGAGCAUCUGCCCGAAGCCGUGCGGGUGGUGUGUGGACGCGUCGGUGUAGGAGACGAGGUGGUUGUGGAAGGCCGCGCUGGAGGUGAUCCAGCCGAGGCGCAUGCCGGGGGCCAUGAUUUUGCUGAAGGAAUCUACACGCAUCACGCGCCCGUCGGUGUCCAUAGAGAGCAGCGAGGGCACGAAAGGUGUCGAAAACUCUGUCGUAGGUGCGGACAGGGCGUCGUAUUGCAAGAAGUAGUACGGGUCGUCCUCAAUAAUCAUGAGGUCGAAGCGCUGCGAAAUCUCAUAGAUCUGCUUGCGACGCUUGACGCUCAACGUAGAGCCAGUAGGGUUCUGCCCGCACGGCACGAUGUACAGGACGUGCGGCCUCCGCCCACGCGCGGCGUCCCAGGUCGCGAGAACGUUCUCAAGGUCUUCCGGGAUCAUGCCGCCGUCAUCCAUCUUCACGCCGGCCCACUUGAUGCCUUGCGCGAGCGGCACGUUCGUGAUCGAGCUGAACGAAAACUCAUCCGCGAGGAAGUAGUCGCCCGGCUCGCCGAGCAACCUGAAGCACUUUGCGAUACCGUCCGAGUUGCCGAGCGCGAGCGUGCACAUGUGGUCGGGCGGGUUGUGGUAGAACUUGGUGAGUUCUGUGACGACGCGCUGGCAAUCGGGCAAGCCGGCACCAUGGCUGUACUGCAGACCGGUCUGUAGGGGCAGGGCGCAGGGUUCGUAUGUCGAGGACACCAACUUCGUCGAAGACGCGCUGGGACCGGCUUUCCUCCAAGCCGCGACCGGGUCGGCCUCUUCGAUAGACGCCAUUUCAUACUCGAUUUUCCGCAUGGGGUACAGCGAGAAGUGCGGGUCGCCAUUUGCGAGAGAAACCAUGUUGGGCUUGCGCCUGGUGAGCUUCCAGAUCUCCUUCAUAGGGUUAGGCUUGCGCAUGCGAGCCUCCGAGGAGAGGUGGUGGGUGAGGUCGACCUGAGAGACAUCGCGUGAAGGACCGAAGGUCAUUUUGGAUAUGGGAAGCAGAGGGGGAUGCGUCUAGAGAGAGGAGAGGUCGGGUCUAUAUAGUCUAUGGAUGGUGCGGA